GAUGGAGCGGAGUAUGAUCAAAAUGCAUGUCUGUAUAUCCCUUGCACCAGUAAACCAAUCAUAAUAUGCAGGCCCUCUGAUGCAUCGGGUAUUGACCAGAAUGGUUGCAAUGAGACAGUUUAUCCUAUGAGUUGUGCAUUGGUGUCAAGGAUUUCUUUUCUUCUAUCUGCCACUCGGUGAUCCAUGCAAGUGUUCAAAUCUGCAGACUGCAGUGCAUCUUGAAGAUGGGCAAAUAACUCUCAAUCCCCGUUAUGAUUUUCUUUUGCUUUAUUUUUCUUUAUUUCCAUUACUAUUGUUUGCUGUCCAAGAGCGAGCUCGGCGAUUGGGUUUUUCAUGAUAGAAUUAUUUGAUCUUAACCAUGGAAGGCAAACAUGUAGAAUUGGGUGUAAUGGCUAGGUCGACAUCUUCUGAUGAUACACCUCGUGCCCGUUCGAAAGGCAACACCAGUAGAGAUGAUCGGGAAAUGGCGUAUUUUGGAAAACGUCAACAGUUAAAGCGUAAUUUUGGCUUCCUGUCGAUCGCAGGAUUUGUCUGUAGUCUGCUUUCAACAUGGGAAGGAAUGUUCGCCGUCUUCCUGUACGGGUUUCAAAAUGGAGGACCGGCAGGCUUAGUUUACGGCUAUAUCUUUUGCUUCUUUGGUACAUUGUGUACCGUCGCAAGUUUGGCAGAGAUGUCUUCCAUGAUGCCAUUGAGUGGCGGUCAAUAUCACUGGGUUUCGAUUCUUGCACCCAAAUCACACGCAAAAUUCCUCUCAUACAUGACAGGCUGGCUUACAGUCAUUGGCUGGCAAGCAGGUCAAGCAAGUGUUGCUUUCCUCUGCGCAACAUUAAUCCAGGCUUUAGUGAUAUUGAACCAUCCAACUUACGUUCCUGAAAGAUGGCAAGCAACUUUAAUAUUCUACGCUGUCCUAGCUUUUAUUCUGUUCAUCAAUACGUUUCUGGCCCGUUGGUUGCCAAAGAUCGAAGGAUUUGUUCUUUGCAUCCAUAUUCUUGGAUUUUUCGGUAUUCUUAUUCCUCUAGUUUACCUUGCUCCCCAUGGAAAGCCAAGUGAUGUUUUUGCUACAUUUAUCAACGGCGGGGGUUGGUCUUCGAAUGGAACGUCUUUCUUCAUUGGUUUGAUUACUUCCGUUUUCUCGUUCCUUGGAGCCGAUUCUGCUUGUCAUAUGAGCGAGGAAGUUCAUAAUGCCUCUACAGUCAUACCCUGGGCAAUGAUCAGUAGUAUUGUCUUGAAUGGCGUUCUGGGUUUCGCAUUGCUUAUAGCUCUCCUCUUCUGUCUUGGGAAUAUCGAUGAUGCUCUGAGCUCUGCUACUGGCUUUCCAUUUAUCGAGAUAUUUAGGGGAGCUACUAACAGCAAAGCUGCUGCAACUGGCAUGACGUUAAUUAUCUUGUUUAUCCUCCUCGCCGCGGCAGUUGGUAUCAUGGCGACUGCUUCUCGUUUAUUAUGGUCUUUUGCAAGAGACAAUGGUGUGCCAGGUAGCGCAUACAUAUCUCGCGUUCAUGAACCAACAGCAUUGCCCAUAUACUCUAUCCUUGUCAGUGCGGUAAUCUCUCUCCUGUUGGCACUUAUCAAUAUUGGAAGUACUGCAGCAUUCAACUCGAUUGUCUCUGUUAAUGUAGCCGCAUUUUUUACCAGUUAUAUGAUCCCAAUCAUCUUGAUUCUCAAGAAGCGCCUUCGAAAAGACCCAACCAAAGACAAAAUACAUUGGGGACCAUGGAAACUGGGGCCAAUUCUUGGUCCAAUUGCCAAUAUCGCUGGACUCAUUUAUUCGACGAUUACCAUGUUUUUCAGCUUCUGGCCUAAUACUCAAGUCGUUACUCCGGUCACCAUGAAUUGGUCUUGUGUUAUUUUUAUUGCUGCUAUUUUUUACAGCGUAGUCUUUUACAUGAUUUGGGGUAAACACGCUUACAAAUGGCCAAUUGUUGAUCCUAUCAGAAGACAGCAGUAGGUCUCCUAAUGGCGGAUUCUUAGCAAUCUAAAAAAACUGUCAGUAUAUAGUAUAUCGCAUUGUUUUAUUUGACAGAUUUAUCGAUCAUUUCUUGACUAUUAGCAUUAGAUUUUAGAUCUUGUAACUCUCAUUAGACAAUGGAAAAGUUCGGCCAACUCGCAGACCAGCAUUUUGUAUCUAUCAUAA